AUGGGGUGGGCGCUGGCGCUGCACGGCGGCGCCGGGGACGUCCCGCGCACGCUGCCGCCCGAGCUCAGGGAGCCCCGCCUCGCCACGCUCCGCCGCUCCCUCGACCUCGGCGCCGCCGCGCUCCGCGAGGGGCGGCCCGCGCUCGACGUCGUCGAGCUUGUCGUGCGGGAGCUGGAGGACUGCCCGCACUUCAACGCCGGUCGGGGCUCCGUGCUCGCCGCCGACGGCACCGUCGAGAUGGACGCCGCCGUCAUGGAGGGCGCCACCCUGUGCUGCGGCGCCGUCUCGGGCCUCUCCACCGUCGCCAACCCCGUCUCGCUCGCCAGGCUCGUCAUGGAGAGGACGCCGCACGUCUACCUCGCCUUCGCCGGAGCCGAGGCCUUCGCCAGGGACCAGGGGGUGGAGACCAAGGAUCCAAGCCACUUCAUCACGGAGCACAACAUCGAGAGGUUGAGGCAGGCGAAGGAAGCCAACAGGGUGCAGGUCGACUACACCCAGCCGAUGAACGGCCAGGCCACCCAGCAAGCCCAGACCCCGGCGGACGACAACAGCCAGACCGGCACGGUGGGGUGCGUGGCCGUCGACGCCGCGGGCAACCUCGCGGCGGCGACCUCCACGGGCGGGCUGGUGAACAAGAUGCCCGGCCGGAUCGGCGACACGCCCCUGGUGGGCGCCGGGACCUACGCCAACGCGCUGUGCGCGGUGUCGGCCACGGGUGUCGGCGAGGAGAUCAUCCGCCGCACGGCGGCGCGCGACGUCGCGGCGCUGGUGGAGCACCGGGGCCUGCCGCUGCGCGAUGCCGCGGCGCGGGUCGUGGCGGGGGCGCCCCGCGGCUCCGUGGGGCUGGUCGCCGUGUCGCGCGGCGGCGAGGUGUGCAUGGCGCGCAACACCACCGCCAUGUUCAGGGCGUGCGCCACCGAGGCCGGCCACGACGAGGUCUGCAUCUGGACGGAGCCGGAUGCCGACGGCAAGAGUGUCAGCAUUGCACUGUGAGCGUUGCGGUGGGAUCGAUUCCCUGUUGCGUACCAUACUACCAUUGUUAGGCCAAGGACUUUGCUCGUUUAAUUCGAUGUCUCAGUUUGAUCCGUGUUAAGGAAAUUUGAUCUGGUUUCGGAGAUUGUAAUGCAAGUACGUUGAUUGAUGGUUAUGCUGUGUGAACAAACUAUACCUGGGGAAAA